AUGCUUCGCCGUCUUUAUUAUUAUUUUUCUUUUGUGAUCGGGGGUGUCCAAACCAGUUUGCGCGUACCUCAACUAAUCUUUCGAGACUCUAAAGUUGACAAUCGAAUAACCAUCGUUACCAUUGCUAUUCGUUCUUCUGAAAUUUUGAUUCGACGAACAUGCAGGUGGUAUUUGGCAUGGAAGCUUUUCAUAGUGAUAAACGCAGCAUACUCUUCUUUCUUCACCGCAUUAGAAUUUGGAUUCUAUCGAGGGCUGCCGGAGAAGCUCUUCGUACUCGAUAUCGCGAACCAGAUUGCUUUCCUAGUCGAUAUAGUUGUUCAUUUUUUUGUUGCAUAUCUUGACACUAAAUCCUACCGGAUGGUCUAUAGUCACAAUCUCAUUGCACUAAGGUACUUGAAAUCUCGAUUUUUUGUUGACUUCCUCGGAUGCCUGCCGUGGGAUGCCAUCUACAAGGUUAGUGGGAGAAAAGAGGCAGUGAGGUAUUUAGUAUGGAUUAGGUUAAGCAGGAUAACCAGAGUGACAGAAUUUUUUGCCAGGCUAGAGAAAGACAUCAGAAUUAAUUAUCUAUUUAUAAGAAUAAUAAAACUAUUGGUAGUUGAGCUCUACUGCACACAUACAGCUGCUUGUAUUUUUUACUAUCUAGCCACCACUGUGCCUCCCUCCAAUGAAGGUUACACUUGGAUUGGAAGCUUGAAAAUGGGUGACUUUUCUUACUCUAACUUCAGAGAAAUUGAUCUAUGGAAGCGUUAUACUACAUCCCUAUACUUCGCCAUUGUUACCAUGGCUACUGUUGGCUAUGGAGAUAUACAUGCAGUGAAUGCAAGAGAAAUGAUAUUCAUAAUGAUUUUUGUCUCCUUCGACAUGCUUCUUGGUGCUUAUUUGCUUGGCAACAUGACUGCAUUGGUAGUAAAAGGAUCAAACACAGAAAGGCUCAGAGACAAAAUGACUGAUAUUAUCAAAUAUAUGAACAGAAACAAUCUCGGAAACCAGUUAAGUAAUAGAAUUAAAGAUCAUUUGAGACUACUUUACGAUAGCCACCGCGAUCACGAGUCUCAAGUUCUUCAGGAUAUUCCACCCUCAAUUCGCACAAAGAUCUCGUAUAAAUUAUAUGAACCGUGCAUUAAGGAUACAUCUAUUUUCAGAGGCUGCUCUUCGGGGUUCAUUAAGCAGAUUGCAAUUAAAGUCCAUGAAGAAAUUUUUCUCCCAGGGGAAGUGGUUAUAGAACGAGGAAAUAUAACAGAUCAAUUA